UGAAUAAUUAGAGCCAUAUCUAUCAUCGGUUUGCGACUCGAUCGUAUUUUUUUUCCUUCUUCCUACGCCCGCAAUUUAUCACAGUGCGUUGCUUCGGAAGCAUUUUGCCGUGAUCCGCAAAACCCCAUUCGGCUGCAGUUGCACCGAAACACAGGAGGCCCGAUAAGAAAAGUGAAUCUCUUCCGGUAGCGUCGCAUUACGAGCGACUGUGAAGCGAAGAAAACGGAGCAGUCCGGAUCCGGCCGUCGGAAGUUGUCGUGGAUGUUCUUGCGUAUCUUUCUCCGUUGCUGUAACGAUCAAGACAUGAGUGCAUUAAACAAAUCCGCUGGCCUAACGGAGAAUGGAGGGUUACAUAAUGACCGCGUGGCAAUACUAGACGCCGGUUCACAGUACGGGAAGGUGAUCGAUCGAAAGGUGCGCGAACUCAACGUUAAAUCAGAUAUUUUACCUCUGGAAACAUCUGCCUUAAAACUCAAAGAACUCGGCUACCGAGCAGUUGUUAUAUCCGGUGGACCCAAUUCUGUCUACGCCGAAGAUGCGCCAAAGUAUGAUCCAGAUAUUUUUAAGUUAGGCUUACCGAUAUUAGGUAUUUGCUAUGGAAUGCAGAUUAUCAACAAAGAGUUUGAUGGAACAGUACAGAAAAAGGACAUCCGAGAGGACGGAGAGCAUACUAUAGAAGUGGAAGAGAGUUGUCCAUUGUUCAACCGCUUACAACGUUCACAGAAAGUUUUGCUCACUCACGGCGACAGUAUCGAUCGAGUGGGAGCCAAACUUAUGGUAGGGGCAUAUUCUUCAAAUCGCAUCGUUGCCGCGAUUUUUAACGUACAGCUGCGUAUUUAUGGCGUACAGUUCCAUCCGGAGGUCGAUUUAACCGUCAACGGUAAACAGAUGCUCUCUAGCUUCCUUUUCGAUAUUGCGGGAAUGCAACCAAACUUUACAAUGCGCAACCGUGAGGAAGAAUGCAUCGCAUAUAUUAGAGAGCAUGUGGGCAACAGUAAAGUGUUGUUGUUGGUAAGCGGAGGGGUAGAUUCGACAGUUUGUGCAGCAUUGCUAAGACAUGCCUUAAAACCGGAUCAAGUAAUUGCUGUCCAUAUUGACAAUGGUUUUAUGCGGCUGGAUGAGAGUGCGAAUGUGGAAAAGUCGUUGCGUGAGCUGGGUGUAGAUUUGUUCGUAAAGAAUGCAAUCUACAAGUUCAUGAAGGGUACGACCACAAUCAAACUUCCCGGUUCCUUAUACAAUCAGGACACACAGAUGCUGUGCCAGACGAUCAGUCCAGAAGACAAGCGUAAGAUCAUAGGCGAUGUGUUUGUGAAAGUAUCGAACGAGGUGUUGCGCGAGAUGAAUUUAAACGCGGACGAGGUGUACCUGGCCCAAGGAACACUUCGGCCGGAUCUGAUCGAAUCCGCCUCCGCGUUGGUGAGUGCUAAAGCUGACACGAUUAAAACACACCAUAACGACACAGAACUGAUAAGGAAGCUGCGCGAGGCAGGGCGUGUGAUUGAGCCGUUACGAGACUUUCACAAGGAUGAAGUGCGGCAGCUAGGCUACUCGUUGGGACUGCCGGCACAUUUGAUCGAGAGACAUCCCUUCCCUGGUCCUGGUCUAGCCAUUAGAGUGCUGUGCGCGGAGGACGCAUUCAUGAAGGAUUAUUCAGAAACACAAGUCAUUGUUAAAGUGAUAGUGGAUUACAAAAAUAAACUUGAGAAAAAUCACGCACUGCUGAAUCGCGUUUCCGGUACAACUUCGAAGGAAGAUCAGCAGCAGCUCUGCCGUAUUUCUAGUAACAUCAAAUUGAAUGCUACUCUACUGCCAAUAAGAAGCGUAGGCGUUCAAGGCGACAAACGUUCAUACAGCUAUGCGGUGGGACUUUCGAGCAAAGAUGUACCGAAUUGGCAAGAUAUGCUCUUCUUAGCGAAGCUAAUACCGCGUAUUCUGCACAAUGUAAAUAGAGUAUGCUACAUUUUCGGUGAUAUUGUACAAUAUCCGGUGCAAGACAUUACCCACACACUGCUCACCGAAAGCGUUGUGUGGCAGCUACGUCAGGUAGAUAACAUCGUCAAUAAGAUUCUGCUGGAACACGAAUGUAUGCGUAAAAUUUCUCAAAUGCCUGUCAUCCUGAUACCAAUCCACUUUGAUCGUGAUCCUGCGCAAAAGACCCCAUCCUGCAUGCGAUCCGUAGUGUUGCGACCGUUCGUUACAAACGAUUUCAUGACCGGUGUGCCAGCGAUUCCCGGUACCGACAGGUUACCGACAAAUGUACUACAAAAAAUGGUAGAUGAAUUAUCCAAUAUGCCGGGAAUUUCUCGAGUGCUACUAGACCUGACGUCGAAACCACCGGGUACUACCGAAUGGGAAUGAUUCCCCUUAUAUCAGACAACUUCUCCUCUACUUGCACUAACUUCGCCACCAAUCUGAUAACGAAAUUAGAUUAAACGAAGAAAUAUCAUCAGCAUCAUCGUUGCCAGCGCGCGUCAUCCGCGUGCUGUCAGAGUCGCAUCUUUUGCCGCCGUUAUUGUUGCUGGUUCCGCACGCGCUUAGCGCUAAACCCCUAUUGUUUAUCGUCGUCAACAUCAGCCCAACUGAAAUGUCCCUGAAAUGUGCCCUGAGUGCAUAAUCUUCUGUGUUUCACUAUUAUUAACUACCACAAUUUUGGUUCAAUUGACCAGAGCUCGGUAGUCUCUCGUCGUCACGUUUGUUCUUAUUCAUCCACCAUUUGACAUCAUUGUUCAUGGACUGGAAUUGAAGCUGCGAAAAUAUGAUUAUUUGGCACAGUUUGUUUCUUAUCGAAUAUUUGACGAAUAUUUGUUGAUUUGCAAACCAACGCGCACCACCACGAUUGAGUACGGAAUUGAAACGAAACUCGCAAACCGAAAAAUGCAUCAGUACUCAACGUAUGUGUUGGCAAUGUAUUGAAUGAAUCUAUACAGCAACAAUUGAAACGUAGUCAAUAUUCUCUGUACAUUGUAAUAGUUUACACCCUUUUUUGCAGUCUUGUUUUUCCAUACCAGUUCUUUUCUUAUUUUUAUCUAUUAUGCGAGAAGCAACACAGUUAGCGCUAACUUGUAGUAAUACUGCAAAUAACUUUACACAGGAUUAUCCGCUACGCUCUGAACCAAAAUUCUCAUUCAAAUGCGUAAAAACAAAAUUAGGGGAUAAAAGAGAGCAAUUUACACAGCAACGCUGCAAAGAAUGAAUAACUUAAAAUCAACUCGACUUUCAAACAAGAAAAUCGAAUUUCACCAACAGCUAAACUUACGUUAAAUUCAACCAAACAUUUAACAAAGAAAACCAACGCGAAACACACUCGGUAAAUACAGCAGCAGAUCGAAGAAAUCAGUGGUACGAAGGGACAGAUGUGGCAAGUAUACUGGAAGUUAAAUGAAACAGUUAAAAUGAAACCGUUGAUCGAGUAGACAAUUGAAAAUCCCAAUUGUUUUGUGCGCACGCUGCUGAAAGUGAACAACAGUUUCAGAGAGAAAAAUAAAUAAAAGUCUGUAGUAGAUAUUUUUAUUUAUGUGUAAUGGAAGAUGAAAAUAUGAAAAAUAAAAGGCGAGAAAAAGAAAACUUUAUUAUCGCCCGUACUG